AUGAUUGUGUCCAACGUUAGCCUAACCAGUUGCACUAAGGCUGACAGCGCAUGGUGCGCUGGCGGCAGCGAGGGCCACCUGGAGACGACCUCUCACGGUACGCUGAGCCCGACCGGGCACCUGGUGGUCGCUGUGUGUCUCGGCUUCAUCGGCGCCUUCGGUUUCUUCAACAACCUGCUCGUCCUCGUGCUCUUUUGUCGCUACAAGAUGCUGCGGUCGCCCAUCAACCUCCUGCUGAUGAAUAUUUCCGUCAGUGAUCUGCUGGUCUGCGUGGUGGGAACUCCGUUCAGCUUUGCUGCCAGCACGCAGGGACGGUGGCUCAUCGGUCCGGCUGGGUGCGUGUGGUAUGGCUUCGCAAAUACUUUAUUCGGCAUCGUGUCCCUCAUCUCAUUGGCCGUGCUGUCCUACGAGCGUUACUGUACCAUGAUGACCCCAGCAGAGGCUGAUGCCACCAACUAUCGCAAGAUCGGCGCGGGCAUCGGACUGUCCUGGGCCUACUCACUGGUGUGGUCAGUGCCCCCCCUAUUUGGCUGGAGCAGGUACGGCCCGGAGGGGCCCGGCACCACCUGCUCCGUGAACUGGACCGCCAAGAGCGCUAACAACAUCUCCUACAUCAUAUGCCUGUUCAUCUUCUGCCUCAUCCUUCCCUUCAUGGUGAUCGUCUACAGCUACGGCAAGCUGCUCCACGCUAUCAAGCAGGUGAGCGGCAUCAACACGGCCGUGAGCCGCAAGCGGGAGCACCGGGUGCUCGUCAUGGUGAUCACCAUGGUGAUCUGCUACCUGCUGUGCUGGCUGCCCUACGGCGUGAUGGCGCUGCUGGCCACCUUUGGCCGCCCGGGCCUCAUCACCCCUGAGGCCAGCAUCAUCCCCUCCCUCCUGGCCAAGACCAGCACCGUCAUCAACCCCGUCAUCUACAUCUUCAUGAACAAGCAGUUUUACAGAUGUUUUCUUGCUCUGCUGCUAUGCGAAGCUCCCCAGAGGGGCUCCAGCUUCAAGAGCUCGUCCAAAGUCAACAGGCCUUUCCGCCCCGUCCGUCGCACCAACGAUAACAACCUCACUUUCGUGGUGGCCUCUGUCGGCCGCCCCACCACCUGCCCCGCCAACCCCACCAACAGCGCGGAAGACCAGGCCUCCUCGGACACGCCAAAGCCCAUCGCCGUCUCGCUGGUGGCCCAUUACAAUGGCUGA